UCCCAUCGCCCCGCCCCUCCCGGGCGCGCUGUCUCCUGCCCUGCCCUGAGUCGCCGCGUCCCGGUCGCCGCCCUCGUCGCAGUCGCGGACACCUCGCUCGGCGUCUGUGCCUGAGGGAGCGCGCGCGAUGGCGGCCGAGGCCCUGGCGGCUGAGGCCGUGGCGUCGCGCCUGGAGCGGCAGGAGGAGGACAUCCGCUGGCUGUGGGCGGAGGUCCAGCGCCUGAGGGACGAGCAGCUGAGCGCGCCAGACCGCGGCCAGGCGGAGGGGCCGUGCGUCACGCGGGAGGUGGCGCAGCUCCGGGCCGAGAACCGCGACCUGCGCCACCGCCUGUGCCGCCUGCGGCUGUGCCUGGCCGAGGAGCUGAGCCGCCAGGCCACGCUGGGGAGAGCGGCGCGGGUGGCGGCGCAGGAGGAGGCCGGGCGCACGGGGGCCGGCGCGCAGCCUCCUUCUAGUCAAAGCCGAGAAAAGGACAUGAAAAAGAAGAAAAUGAAGGAAAGCGAGCCGGACCAUGAGGUGAAACAGCAACCAAGUUUCAUAAAAGAAAGAUUGAAUCUUUUUGAAAUAUUGAAGAAAGACCAUCAGCUCUUACUUGCCAUUUAUGGAAAAAAGGGAGAUAGAAGCAAUGUGAUCACAGUAAGAGUGGCUGAUGGGCAGACAGUGGAAGGGGAAGUCUGGAAGACGACGCCUUACCAAGUGGCUGCUGAAAUCAGUCAGGAACUGGCGGAAAGCACAGUAGUAGCCAAAGUAAAUGGUGAAUUGUGGGACCUGGACCGCCCACUGGAAGGGGACUCUUCUCUUGAGUUGCUUCCAUUUGAUAACGAGGAAGCUCAAGCUGUGUACUGGCACUCCAGUGCUCACAUUCUCGGGGAGGCCAUGGAGCUUUACUAUGGAGGCCACCUGUGCUACGGUCCGCCCAUUGAAAAUGGAUUUUAUUAUGACAUGUUCAUUGAAGACAGAGCAGUGUCCAGCACAGAAUUGUCAGCCCUGGAGAACAUCUGUAAAGUCAUCAUAAAAGAAAAGCAACCUUUCGAAAGACUAGAAGUCAGCAAGGAAAUCCUCCUGGAAAUGUUUAAGUACAAUAAAUUUAAAUGCCGCAUUCUGAAUGAGAAGGUUAGCACUGCAACUACCACCGUGUACAGGUGCGGUCCAUUAAUUGACCUUUGCAAAGGUCCACAUGUAAGACACACUGGAAAAAUUAAAACCAUCAAAAUUUUUAAGAAUUCUUCAACAUAUUGGGAGGGCAAUCCUGAAAUGGAAACAUUGCAGAGGAUCUAUGGAAUAUCCUUCCCUGAUAACAAGAUGAUGAGAAACUGGGAAAAGUUCCAAGAGGAAGCAAAGAACAGAGAUCACAGGAAGAUUGGGAAGGAACAGGAACUUUUCUUUUUCCAUGAUUUGAGUCCUGGAAGCUGUUUUUUCCUUCCCAGAGGAGCCUUCAUUUAUAAUACACUUGUGGAUUUCAUACGAGAGGAAUAUCACAAACGUGACUUCACGGAGGUGCUGUCUCCCAAUAUGUACAACAGUAAACUCUGGGAAGCCUCAGGCCACUGGCAGCAUUACAGCGAGAACAUGUUUACCUUUGAGAUUGAAAAGGACACUUUUGCCCUCAAACCCAUGAAUUGUCCAGGGCACUGUCUAAUGUUUGCCCAUCGUCCACGAUCUUGGAGAGAAAUGCCUAUUAGAUUUGCUGAUUUUGGAGUUCUGCAUAGAAAUGAACUGUCAGGGACUCUCAGCGGCUUGACCAGAGUGAGGCGCUUCCAGCAGGAUGAUGCUCACAUCUUUUGCACAGUGGAGCAGAUUGAAGAAGAAAUAAAGGGAUGUUUGCAGUUUUUACAGUCUGUUUACUCAACAUUUGGCUUCUCCUUUCAAUUAAACCUGUCAACAAGGCCUGAAAACUUCCUAGGAGAGAUUGAGAUGUGGAAUGAGGCUGAGAAGACAUGUGCAGAGGUGAAGGAAAAGCAAAAAAGAAGCGGCAAGGCCUGCCGUCUUGGCCUUCUAACACCCACACUCAAGAGUGGAAGAGGGAAUGAGAUCAAGGCUUUCCUGCUUUCAUGUGUGGAGGCCCCACCUACAAGGAGAAUGGGUCUCGGAACUGUCACCAGGAGGCAGAAGCUGCAACUGCAGAAUAGCUUGAUGGAAUUUGGAGAACCAUGGAAAAUGAACCCAGGAGAUGGAGCAUUUUAUGGCCCUAAAAUUGACAUAAAAAUCAAGGAUGCUAUUGGCAGAUACCAUCAGUGUGCUACAAUUCAGCUGGACUUCCAACUGCCUAUUAGAUUCAAUCUCACAUAUGUUAGUAAGGAUGGGGAUGAUAAGAAGAGACCUGUGAUCAUUCAUCGAGCCAUUUUGGGAUCAGUGGAAAGAAUAAUAGCCAUUCUUUCAGAAAACUAUGGGGGAAAAUGGCCUUUCUGGCUAUCUCCUCGUCAGGUAAUGGUCAUCCCUGUGGGGCCAACUUGUGAAAAAUAUGCACUUCAGGUAUCCAGUGAAUUUUUUGAAGAAGGAUUUAUGGCUGACAUUGACUUAGAUCAUAGUUGUACACUAAAUAAGAAAAUACGAAAUGCACAGCUGGCUCAGUACAAUUUUAUUUUGGUGGUUGGAGAAAAGGAAAAGAUAAAUAAUGCUGUAAACGUGCGAACAAGAGACAACAGAAUUCAUGGAGAGAUUUUAGUAACUUCUGCCAUUGAUAAACUGAAGAAUCUCAAGAAGUCACGGGCACUCAGUGCUGAGGAGGACUUUUGAAGUCCUUCCCUGGUAUUUGCUUCUGUGUAACUUUGUUUUGACCCUUAAAAAUGUAUUUUUCUUAACAUGUUAGUACUUCUAAGACUUUGGAGCCACUGAUAGGUCCACUCUUGGACUAAGCUGAGGAAGGAGACAGUGAAUGUGUAGCUGACAUGUACAAAGUUUAAUUCACUAAUGUCCACGGGGGACAGUCAGAGGGCACAGGUGGGAAAUUUUCCAGCAAUCAAUCCCUUGGGAAACUUAAAUGGGGAAAUAUUAUUUAUUGAAAUAAUAAAUAAAAUUAUUAUUUCAAUUAUUUAUAAUUUAUAUUUUAUUUAUAUUUAUAAUUAUUAUAAAUAAAAAGGGAAACAAAACACUAGGAAAUGAUUAUGAAAUGUUAGUGCUAUGAUUUGUGAUUUUCAAAAAGAUGGACUUCAAAUAAAAGUCUGCAGUUUUUUUAAUAUGAGAGAAAAUCUUAUUUUCUAAUAUGUCUCAGGUAUUUUUAUGACUGUUUUACUAAAAUUCACACUGAAACUUUAUUUUCAAAAUUGGAAUAAUUACUUAAUUGCGUUUCAGCCAAUUACCACAAAAGCAGCAGCUACUACUAAAUAUUGGAUUACUGACAGAGGAAUUCAGUUUUGUGGAAUCUGGUGUUUGCACUAUAGGUUAAGAGUUGCCUUUUAAAUGUUUGUAAUUCAUAAUUGGGGUUUGUUCAGCUUUAGAAAAAAUAAAUUCCCAAAUGAAGUCCA